CCAGCCCUGGGUCUGGAUGUGCACGUCCUGGGGACAGCCAGCAGGCAGGCCUCCCCCCUCUGCCCGUGCCGCCUGCCCAGCCAGCAGGAAGGGGUUAACAACCCUGCGCUUCCUCCUGUGUCCUGUUACUGCUGAGGCAGACCUGCCCGGCCAGCUGGGCAACUUUCCUCCGAGUGCUGCCUGCCUGCCUGCCGGCUGGGCAGCUAAAAGACCAACGGGCAAGAGGCAGGGCUGCAGCCCCUCCUGGGGACCCUGCCUCCACUCUUCCAAGGGGUCUGCGCCUCCUGGGAGAGGGUGGGCAUCUCCAGGACCGGGGUCCGUGGUGGAUGGCUCUGGGGACGCUCCCGAGGCUGUGCUGUCCCCCUGCCGCGCAGGUCGGAAGGUCACUGCAGAGGCUGCUCGUGGUCCCGGGGCUGGGGCCAAGGGAGCCUGCACCGGAGACCCAUGUGGAACCCAAGGACACAGCCGCCCCGCUGAGAGCUCGGCGGCCCAUCCCUGGAGACCGUGACCUCGAGACGGUGGCCCUCGGCCCUCCACCUCCGGCUGGGGCGGGGGCCGCCCAUCUCCAAGUCCCCAGCCAUGACGACCUCAGCGCUGCGGCGCCAGGUGAAGAACAUCGUGCACAACUACUCGGAGGCCGAGAUCAAGGUGCGCGAGGCCACCAGCAAUGACCCGUGGGGCCCGCCCAGCACGCUCAUGUCGGAGAUUGCCGACCUGACCUUCAACACGGUGGCCUUCGCCGAGGUCAUGGGCAUGCUGUGGCGGCGGCUCAACGACAGCGGCAAGAACUGGCGGCACGUGUACAAGGCGCUAACGCUGCUGGACUACCUGCUCAAGACGGGCUCCGAGAGGGUGGCCCACCAGUGCCGCGAGAACCUCUACACCAUCCAGACGCUCAAGGACUUCCAGUACGUCGACCGCGACGGCAAGGACCAGGGCGUCAACGUGCGCGAGAAGGUCAAGCAGGUGAUGGCCUUGCUCAGGGACGAGGAGCGCCUCCGGCAGGAGCGGACCCACGCCCUCAAGACCAAGGAGCGCAUGGCGCUGGAGGGCAUGGGCAUUGGCAGCGGGCAGCUGGGCCUGGGCCGCCGCCACGGAUCCCCGUCCUCCUACAACUCCUCCUCCUCAUCCCCCCGCUACACGUCCGACUUGGAGCAGGCCCGGCCCCAGACGUCAGGAGAAGAGGAGUUGCACCUGCAGCUGGCCCUGGCCAUGAGCCGCGAGGAGGCUGAGAAGCCCGUCCCCCCAGCCUCCCACAGGGAUGAGGACCUGCAGCUGCAGCUGGCUCUGCGCCUGAGCCGGCAGGAGCACGAGAAGGAGGUGAGGUCCUGGCGGGGAGAGGACUCCCCUGUGGCCAAUGGUGCCGGGGCUGCAGUUCGCCGUUGGCAAGACAAAGAGCCAGAGAGAGAAGAGGGAAAGGAGGAGAAGCUGAAGACCAGCCAGUCUUCCAUUCUGGACUUGGCAGACAUCUUCGUACCUGCCCCGGCCCCGCCCUCCACACGCUGCUCUGCUGACCCAUGGGACAUCCCAGGUCUCAGGCCGAACACAGAGCCCAGUGGCUCCUCCUGGGGGCCUUCCGCAGACCCCUGGUCUCCUGUCCCCUCGGGAAGUGCCCUGUCCAGAAGCCAGCCCUGGGACUUGCCCCCUAUGCUCUCCUCCUCAGAGCCCUGGGGCCGGACCCCAGUGCUGCCUGCCAGACCCCCAUCCGCAGACCUCUGGGCACAGAACUCCCCCCAUCACCAACUCCCCGACCCUGGGGCUGACCCUUGGGGAGCCUCGGUGGAGACCUCCAAUGCACCUGCUCUAGGUGGUACCUCACCUUUUGACCCAUUUGCCAACCCUCCAGUAUCCACAGAGACCGAGGAGGGGCCGGAGUGUGCCCAGGCCCUGCCUUCGGGAAAGCCCGGCAGUCCUGUGGAGCUGGACCUGUUUGGAGACCCCAUUCCCAGUUCCAAGCAAAAUGGCACCAAGGAGCCAGAAUCCUUUGACCUGGGUGUACUGGAGGAAGCGCUAACCCAGCCCAGUAAGGAGGCCCGAGCAUGCCGGACUCCUGAGUCUUUCCUGGGCCCUUCGGCCUCCUCCUUGGUCAACCUUGAUUCAUUAGUCAAGGUGCCCCAGGCUGCAAAGACGCGAAACCCUUUUCUGACAGGUCUCAGCGCUCCAUCCCCCACCAACCCGUUCGGUGGGAGCGAACAGGCCAGGCCGACCCUGAACCAGAUGCGCACCGGGUCGCCCGCGCUAGGCUUGGCGGCCGGCGGGCCGGUCGGGGCGCCCUUGGGCUCCAUGACCUACAGCGCCUCCCUGCCUCUCCCGCUCAGCAGCGUGCCAGCCGGCGUGACCCUCCCCGCCUCGGUCAGCGUCUUCCCGCAGGCCGGCGCCUUCACGCCGCCGCCCGCGAGCCUGCCACAGCCCCUGUUGCCCACGUCGGGCUCCGCGGGGCCGCUCCAGCCGCCCCCGCAUCCCGGCACCAACCCCUUCCUCUGAGCGCGGCCCCGCCCUGCCCCGGCUGGCCGGCGCAUGCGCGAGGCCCCGUCCCCGGCGUGGGGCGGGGCUGUCACCCCAGGACCCGCCCCCGGGAAGGUCGGAAGGGCUGAC